CACCGUAUAUUGAAUAUGAAUAGAAAAUUGUAAUAUCCACGGUUCAAUUUCUUCCAUCUUCUUUCCAAAUCCCUUGCCCCACCCUACCGCCAUUAUCAAGAAUCAAUUUUUCUUAGAGAACUAUUAGAUAGCCAAGCAUCAAUCAAGACAUUGCUUGCCCACAGAAUCCAGUGAAGGUUCUACUUAUUUGUUGGAGGGCAUAGAAUUACUAUUUGGAUCUUUUGUCUGUAUUUAUAUUUCAGUCAUAUAUGGACUGAUUUAUACAGUUCAUGGGAGGUGUAGAGGAUGAUGAACCGCCAUUCAAACGUGUGAAGGUAUCUUCAGGAGAACUGGGAGAACUCUUGAACGGAAAGUCUCUUAGAGAUCCCACAAAUUGUUCAUUGAGUGACUGUUCAAUGGCUCGGUCCCUAGUUUGUGAAGGGGACUAUGAUGUUGUUGGUUCGAAAGGAAUUGUCAAGAAAGUUGAAUUUGUUCAAAUCAUAGCUGAGGCAUUAUAUUCUCUUGGUUAUAAGAAAACAGGGGCACAGCUAGAGGAGGAGUCGGGGAUACAUUUGCACUCCUCAGUUGUAAAUUUGUUUAUGCAGCAAAUCCUCGAUGGAAAAUGGGAUGAAAGUGUAAUCACAUUGCAUAGGCUUGGUAUUGUGGAUCAAACCACUGUAAAGUUGGCAUCUUUUGUAUUGUUUGAGCAGAAACUACUUGAACUUCUUGGUAGUGAAAAUGUCAUGGGCGCUUUGAAGACUUUAAGGACUGAGAUUGCCCCUCUAGGCGUAAACCAUAAUAGAGUACGUGAGCUUUCCUCCUGUAUCUUGUCUCAUUCACAGCAGGUUCAUGUUGGCAUAUCAGGCGAGAACAUUGUCAGAAUGAAGUCGAGAUCAAAACUGCUUGAGGAAUUGAAGGGAUUGCUUCCUCCUACAGUAAUGAUACCUGAGAAAAGAUUGGUGCAUCUUGUUGAACAGGCCCUUGAGUUACAAUUAGAUGGUUGUAGGUUUCACAACUCUUUGGCUGGAGAAAUGUCAUUACUCACUGAUCAUCAGUGUGGCAAAGAUCAAAUCCCUUCUCAAACUUUACAGAUCCUGCAGGGGCAUAGUGAUGAAGUCUGGUUCUUGCAAUUUUCGCACAAUGGAAAAUUCUUGGCCUCAUCAUCAGCAGAUUCUUCUGUUAUUAUAUGGGAGGUCAAAGUGGAUGGUCGAGUCUCCUUGAAGCAUCGGUUUUCUGCAAACCAAAAACCUGUCUCCUAUAUUUCAUGGAGCCCUGAUAACAAUCAGAUUCUUACUUGUGGAGCGGAGGAAGUAGUUAGACGCUGGGAUGUUCAAUCCGGGGAAUGUGUUCAUAUUUAUGAGAAAAGUGAGCUUGGUUUAAUAUCUUGUGGAUGGUCUCCCGAUGGCAAAACGAUAUUUACUGGCGUUACUGAUAAAAGCAUUAGCAUGUGGGAUCUCGAUGGAAAUGAGUUGGAAUGUUGGAAAGGGCAAAGGACUAUUAGAACGUCUGAUAUUGGGAUCACUACCGAUGGGAAACAGAUCAUUUCUGUUCAUAAAGAUAAAACGAUACUAUUAUUUGGAUGGGAAUCAAAAGCAGAGAAAUCAAUUAAGGAGGAUCAAGAUAUAACCUCAUUUGUAUUAUCCAGGGACAGCAAGUACCUUUUGGUUAGUCUGCUUAACCAAGAAAUUCAUCUUUGGAAUAUCGAUGGAAGUGUGACAUGCAUAGCCAAAUUUAAAGGCCACAAACGCAAUCGCUUUGUUGUAAGGUCCUGUUUUGGUGGAUUAGAUGACGCAUUUAUUGCAAGCGGAAGUGAGGACUCGCAGGUCUAUAUAUGGCAUAGAAGCUCGGGAGAACUUGUCGGGACAUUGCAUGGGCAUUCGGGGACUGUCAACUGUGUGAGCUGGAAUGGAGCAAACCCUCAUAUGCUGGCCUCUGCAAGUGAUGAUCGAACAAUUCGGAUAUGGGGAUUGAAGCAGCUAAACAUGAAGCAAAACAGUACGGUUUGUAAUGGUGUCCACCAUUGCAAUGGUGGAUCAUGAAACUGUGGUGUUUUACCUAAGUAAGGCGGUUUCUUCCAUUGAUGGUUGCUUUCAUGUAAAUUCUUUACAGGUAAAUGUGCGGCAAAACUGUACCGUCAGUACGGUUAGUAACGGUGUCCACCAUUGCAAUGGUGGAUCAUGAAACUGGUGUUUUACCUAAAGUGGUUUCUUCCAUUGAUGAUUGCUUUCGUGUAAAUUCUUUUACUGCCUACUUCUUUGUCAACCUGACUUGUUAUAUCUAACAAGAAUGUGGAGUGCACAUUCACUUACAGUAAUAAAUUCCAGACUGUUUUCUUUGUAGCA